AUGGAGCCGGCCGGUCCCUUCCCGCUGCUGGUGGAGGGUCCCUGGGGUCCCCAGCCCCCCAAAAAACUGCGCACCAAACUGCACCUCUACUUCCAGAGCGCCCGCAGGUCCGGGGGGGGCGAGUGUACCCUCCUCCUCCAGCCCGGGGACCCCCCGACCCUCCUGCUCCUCUUCGCCCACCACCACGUGAGAAGCCGCGUGCUGCAGCAAGCCAAGCACGAGGCCCAGCUGCUGGACGCCGAGCCUGUCCGCUUCUCCGUCCGCCUGCCGGACCACCACGGCGAGACCCCCGCCCAGGAAACCGAGCCUGAUGUUGCGACCCCGAAUCCAGAUGCGCCACGCGUGCCACAGGGAGGACGGCACGUGGUGGGCGGCGUGGAGCCCCCCGAGCCCCCCGAGCCGGGCGUCCCGAGGAGCGUGGCGCUGAUGGACGUCCCCGAGGAGGCCAGGCCCGAGUACCUGGCCAUGCUGGUGGAGCGGUACAGUGGACUGAACGACGAGGCCGACUUCUCCCUGGAGGUGCUGCCCCAACUGAGGGUCGCCGUCGUCACCUUCCAAGACGGCACAGGGGUGGAGGAAUUCGCCCGAAACUUCAACGAGAGGAAGAAGAACCGAAAUCAAAUGACAGCCAGAGCCCUGGAGCCCCUGGACAGCGUGAUGGUGGAGGAUCUUCCCCCCGGCUCCUUCGACGACUACCUCGCCGUCUACUUCGAGAGCCCAAAAAACGGUGGCGGCUCCGUCACCGGCGUCACCCUGGACCCCGAGGAGAAUUCGGCCGUCGUGACCUUCAGCGACCCCAGAGUUCUGCCCGCCGUCCUGGCAAAGGAGCACUUCAUCAACAAGAGAGCGGUGUCCGUUCACGCCUACUGCCGAGCCCUGGGCGCCACACUCUACGGGAAGGAGCGUCCGCCACCGAGGCCGCCAGCCCCGCUGACCGUCCCCGUGUGCCCCGACGUCUGGCGGCUCCUGCACCACGACGCCCGCCGCGUGGCCGCGGAGCUGGAAGAGGAGAUGCGUGCCCACCUGUGCCUCCUGGAGUGGGCCCCGCCGGACGGCGCCCGCCCGGAGGUCACCCUGCGCCCGUCGCCCGCCUUGGCCGGAGAAGGGGCGUCCAAGAUCGGGGGAUGGAGGGAGGCGGCCACCGCGGCGCUGGGCGACCUCCUGGACCGCUUCCGGGCCGCCCGGCUGGCCGUGACCCCGGCGGCCUGGGCGGCCGUCGGUGCCCGGCUGAAGGCCGAGGGCAUCCUCACCGUGCACGACCCCAAGGGGCAGGAGGUCACCUUGGUGGGACGGCGGGCCGACGUGGACCGGCUGGAGCCCGAGUGGCGGGCGCUGGUGGACAGGGAGCAGAGGAGCCUCGCCGAGACGGUGGCGGUGCCCGCCGCCCAGCUGGGCCUCCUGCGCCGCGGCGGCCUGGAGGAGGAGAUCCGCGCCGCCAGCCCGGACCUGCGGGUCAGCUUCGAGGCCGGGCGCGUGGCCCUGACCGGCCUGGAGGCCGAGGUCUUCCGGGCCAAGUGCCGCAUCCUGGAAAGGCUCCGGGGCCUGGCCCGGGGCCCGCUCCCCCUCCGCCCCGCCGUGGUCCGCUUCCUGCGGCGGGUGGACGGGGCGGCCCUCUCCCGGGCCCUCUUCGACCCGCCGGGGAUCUCGGCCGUCUGCGAGCUGGACGGGGAGGCCGCGGUCCUCACGGCCUCCUCCCCGGAGGCCCUGGAGGCCGCCCGGGAGGAGGUGAGGAGGCGGGUGGGCUCCAGGCCCAUCCCGGUGGCCGACCCCGCCAUCCUGGCACUGCCCGGCUGGCGAGAGCUGGUGCGCCGCCUGCCCGGGCCCGACUCCCCGAGCCCGGUCCUGGUGGACGACCCGCCGGAGGGGCCGGGGGCCGAGGUGGUGGUCACGGGCCUGUCCCCGGCGCUGGAGGAGGCCUACGGCCCGCUGGCCGACUUCGCGGACGGGCAUGCUCCCGACCGGAGGCUGGUGCCCGUGGGGCCGUUGGCGACCCUCCGCUACUUGGAGCAGGCGGAGGAUGCCCUCUGGAAGGGGCUGACGGGGGACGGCCUGACGGUGGUCUUCGUCCCCGACGUGGGCCGCCGGGGCGUCUCCCUCAGCGGGCCCCGCAUGGCGGUGGCGGCCGGCCUGCCCCGCGUCCGGAAGGCCGCGGCCAUGGUGGCGUUCAGCGAGGUGGCCGUCGAGAAGCCGGGCGUGGGCAGGCUCUUCCGGGACCAGGAGCCCCUGUACGCGGCUGUGGUCAAGCAGCAGUUCGGCUGCCUGAUCCGUCUCCUGGAGGACGGCGAGGACGGGGAGGAGGACGGGGGGCCGGGCCCGGUCCUCUGCCUCAAGGAGCUGCCCGGGGGCGUCGAGCUGGUGGUCCGGCGGGGAGACCUGGCCCGCUAUCCGGCCUCCGCCGUGGUCAACCCUGCCAACGAGAACCUGGAGCACGUCGGGGGGCUGGCCGGGCACCUGGCGCGGCGGGCCGGGCCGGAGCUGCAGGAGGCCUGCCGGCUGCUGGUGAAGGAGUCGGGGCCCGUGCCCACGGGCCGAGCCGUGGCCACCGAGGCCUGGAGCCUCCCGUACGGCCACAUCAUCCACGCCGUGGGGCCCAGGUGGAGGCCGGACGACCCCAAGGGCUGCGCGGCCCUGCUGGGCCGGGCCGUCCGCGAGAGCCUCCGCCUCGCGGACCGCCACGGCCACGGCUCGGUGGCCAUCCCGGCGGUGGGCGCGGGCGUCUUCGGCUUCCCCGCGGCCUCGUGCGCCGACGCCAUCGUGGAGGCCGUGGCGGAGGCCGCCCGGGGCGGGCUCCGGGCCGUCCGCGCCGUCCAUCUGGUGGACCUGUCCGAGGACACCGCCCGGGCCUUGGCCGAGGCGGCCGGACGGGCCCCCGGGGCGGCCGUCGCGGCCCCCGUCGCCGGGCCGGAGCAGAAGGCCCCACGCGAAGGCCCGCCGGUGGUGCUGUCUACACUGCACACCCGACAGGGCCUGAAGGUCGUCCUCGAGAGCGGGAGGAUCGAGGACGCGACGACGCAGGUGAUCAUCAACAGCGUGGCCCCCGACCUGCAGCUGGGGAAGGGGGCCCUGGCCGCGGCCCUGCUCCGGGCAGCCGGCCCAGAGAUCCAAGUCCAGCUGGACAGGCACCGGUCCGGAGGAGAGGCGGCCCAGGGAUCCGUCUUCACCACCAGCGGCGGGAAGCUGGGCUGCUCCAUCGUGCUGCACGUGGUCAUCCCCCAGUGGGACAACGGAGCCGGGAUGGCGGAACAGCUCCUCAAGGACGUCGUGGAGAAGUGCCUGGAGAUCACGGAGAGGCGACGCUUUCAGUCCGUGACCUUCCCGGCCAUCGGCUCCGGAAACCUGUGCUACCCCCCGGCCGUGGUGGCCCGCACCAUGGUCGAGGCGGUCAACCAGUUCAGCCAGCUCAAACAGCCGCUCAGCGUGCUUUCCCGGGUCCAUAUUGUCGUGUUCCCCCAAAACAAGGACAGCAUCCAGGCUUUUUCCUCCGAAUUCAACAGCAGGAAGGGCAGCGCGGCCCCCAAGCCCCAGACGGCCCCGAAGCCCCUCAAGAUCCCAAGUAACCCAGACCGCGUGGGGAUCCCCGCCGUGGAGAUCGGGCCCGUCCGGCUGGAGGUGACCUGUGGAGACAUCACCCGGGAGGACGGGGACGCCGUCGUCAACAUCACCAACACCACCCUCACCCUCAGAAGAGGUGUUUCCAAGGCGAUUAUGGAGGCGGCGGGCCAGGACAUCGUGGACAUCUGUGCCCAGUUGGGGGCCCGGGCCAACAGGAGAAGCGUGGUGACCUCAGGAGGAGCCCUGCCUUGCAAGCACAUCAUCCACGUCGUCACCCAGGAGGACGUGAAGGCCAUGGUCACCUGUGCGCUCCAGAAGUGCGCGGGGCAGAAUUUCAGCUCCGUGGCCUUCCCGGCGAUCGGCACAGGGGCGGCUCAACUGAACCCGGAGGAGGCGGCCAACAGCAUGAUCGGCGCCAUCUUCCAAUUCAUCGAGGCGCACAGGCCCCAGGCACUGAAGCGCGUGAAGAUUGUCAUCUUCCAGCCGCAUCUGCAACCCAUUUUCCACGCUGCCCUGAAAAAACAAACCAGGGCACCCAAAUCCUCCGAGCCAGAGGCCCCGAAACUCAGGACCAAAUUGCGAGCGCUGUUCCGGUCGAAACGACCCCAGAAGGCCGCUUCGAAAAAGGAGGGCCUCCUCCAGAAGGAGGUCAAGGGGUCCGUCUUCCACAUCUGCGGCCCGGCCAAGGACCAGGUGGACGCCGCGGCCUCCUGGCUCCAGGACCUGAUCCUCAAGGAGUCGUGGGAGACCACCAUCUCCGACCCCCUGCUCCCGGAAAUCGGCGACCGGGAAGUGGCCGCCCUGGAGCAGCUCCGGGAAUUCCACCGGGUCCAGGUGAUGGAAGACAACCCCACCACCCUCCGGGUCUCCGGCCUGACCCGGGACGUCGGGGUGGUCUUCAACAGGAUCCAGGAGCUGCUCCGGGAACUCCGCACCGCCAGGGAGGAGGAGGAAAAAGCGGAGCGCUGCUCCAAAUCGGUGCGGUGGCAGUGGUGCCAAAGGGGACAACCCGUCCCCUUUGACAGGCUGACCAACCUGGCUUUGGAGACCGCGCUUGAGGAGGGCAAGGUCAUCACCCUUCUGAUCAACCAGAAAGAACAUCAGGUGGACUUUACCACUAUGCAGGUCACUGACCCUCAAGGGAACAGCUUCCCCCUCCAGCGCGUCCCCUUGCAAGAAGGAAAACGGAUAUUUGAGUUCCCCAGAGAGUGGGAGGACAUGAAGGAGCAGGACGUGAAAGUGGUUCAGUUGGAUGAGGGGAGCCGGGAAUACCAAGACGUCCAGGCCAAAUUCCUACAGACCUGUUCAAUGUUCCGGAUCGUCACGAUCGAGCGGAUUCAGAACCGUUACCUGUGGCAGAGCUACCUGGUGAAGAAGGAGAGCAUGGACACCAGGAAAGCCGGCGCCAGUAAUGAGCGGCGACUCUUCCACGGCACCGCCCACGAUAAGAUCGACCACAUCAACAAAUGGGGCUUCAACCGAAGCUACGCGGGCCUCAACGCGGCCUACUAUGGGAACGGGACGUACUUUGCUGUGAACGCCAGGUACUCCGCCGACAACAAGUACUCCAAGCCCGACGCCCUCGGCGUCAAGUUCGUGUACCUGGCCCGUGUACUCACCGGAGAGUUCUGCUUGGGAAGACAGGGGCUCAUCACGCCUCCGCCGAAAAACCCGCAGGACCCCACGGACCUGUUCGACUCCGUGAGCGACCACCUCACGAACCCGGCCAUGUUCGUCGUCUUCAGCGAUAACCAGGCCUACCCCGAGUACCUCAUCUCGUUCAGCAGGUGACGCGGCCCUCCGAUCGAUCCAUCCAUCGAUUUCCGGGGCGGAAAUCGGGGCCCUGGACUCUCUUGGACUGUCCUAAGUGCCUAACGCGUUUCUCCGCUCGCAGUAACCAAUAAAUGUUGCCAACUUCUACUUCCCAAGCGCUUAGCACCCGGCGAGUGCUCAAUAAAUACGAUUGAAUGAAUGAAUAAAUGCCCCUGAAUGAACAAGCAAAUUAGCUCUCGAGGAGGGGCAGGAUACAGGGAUGCAUCCUGUUGACAACUUGUACUUCCCAAGCGCUUAGUCCAGUCCU